GACAGAGACAAGAGACAGAGAGGGAGAGAGGGAGACUUUGAGACUUUCGCUGCAUUUCUAGAGAACUUGCUUGCAUUACUAUCGUCGGAGGAUGAGGAGGAUUAUCCAGGAAAUUUCGCCGCCGGCCACCAUUGCCACUGUUCCACCUUUCACGUCGGCCCCCCCUGUACAUACGCAUCAACAUACGUAGAUGGCGGACAGUAUAUAUACACGAUGUAGGUGUACAGUACAGUCCUACCGUAUCCACGGACGGACACAGUAAACUACACCGAAUUAGUAAGGAAGAAUGCCACCGCGCGCGCACAUGGUGUGGCCGGCAGCAAGGCUUGUGCUCGUCCUCGUCACUUUGCUCACGCUUUGGAGCAGCGACGUUGCCGUUGCAUCGCUGUUGGCGGCGUCGGUGCGGGUCGGCGUGGUGCUGGACCUGACGAGCGUGGGGAGGGAGAGGCGCGCUUGCAUUUCCAUGGCGUUGGACGACUUCCAUGCCGCUCACGCCGGCUCCGGUGCCACGCGGAUCGAGCUGCUCCUACGAGACUCGCGCGGGGAUCUUGCCACGGCUGCACAUGCUGGUCACUUGUGAUCUCUGGCACUGGGAGCUUGAGUAUGUGCAGCAUCUGGUUGAAACAAGGCGUCUGGUUGGUGAUGCUGUUGUAGAUGCAAUUGGUGCUAUUGAGGACAAGAGGGAAGAGCUUGAGAGGCAGAGGACUGAAUCAAUGGCAGGCAGAGGCACAGCUGGAAGGGUCAUGGCUGGGAGAGGCAGGGCUGGAAGAGAUAAUUAUGGCAGCUCCAGUGAGAAUAAGUAUGCUACCAAGCAGCAAAUUGCUAUGCUUUUAGGGUUAGGCAGAGAGAUUUUGAUGCUGCUGAAGCUGAUGAUUGGUUUUGUUAUAGUGCUUUGUGUGAUGUGUUUCACCUUAAUUAUGAAGAAGUGAAGUGUUGUUAAUUCAAUAGGUGCAGGUGUGUAAACUGAGCAUACUAAAAUGGUUGCUUUUGUUUGCUCAGUAAUGCUUAGUUGUAAUGGUUGUUGCAAUGGAUAAUAUGUCAGUAAUGUGAAGCCUUCUUGA